AUGGCUCGACCUCUGGAAAAAGUAGCAUACAUUAACGAUGAGAAAGAACUUUGGAAAGUUGAUGUUAAGGUUCACUACAAAUGGACUGGUAGUGAUAUACAUGUUCAACUGAAUGAUCUGCUUUUCAAGCCUACACCGCACAAAUUACUCAUAAAAUUCACUGGAGGUACCAGAGUUGGUGAUAGAAACAAUCACAAAAUACCAGACAAGAUCUUUAAUGUAACCCCUUUGGUUGAUAUUUUAACUGGCGGGUGGAAUAAACAUUUACUUAUAGAUGUUAUUAGAGUGGUUGAUGAGAUAGGCUACACACAAGGUCAAGUUGGUGGUAAGAAACACAACAACACCAUAAAUUGUACAGUUUGGGAGUCUUACGCUAUGCAAUUUAUCAACUACAUGCAACAACGUUCUGAUUUUUCUGAUCGAGUUGUGGUUUUCAUUCAAUACGCGAAAUUCAAACAAGAAUGUGGUAAAUAUCCUAUAUCUGUUGCCAACACUUACAAUGUGACCAAAGUGGCAAUCAAUGAGGAUUUGGAACCAAUAAAAGACAUUGCCAAAAGUAUAACAAAGGAAAAUAUGAAGGCUCUCUCUAACCAUCGAAGUUCACAAUCUCAAGUAUGGUCCAAAGAUUCAUCUGGUUCUCAACAAACUCCUUAUCAUAAAUUGAUGUCAAAAUCUGUGGUACUCCCUCUUGCGGAGAUUAUAAAACUUACUGAGGUAACAUUUUGCUUUACUGUUGCAACCACUCAGAAAUUCAUUGCAUCAAGGUUUGGCUGGCACUACCAGGCAUGUCAUGAAUGCCCACGCUCGUUGAAGGGAGAUAAGCCACCUUAUGUUUUUCCUAAAGGCCAUACCACAGAGACGUUAAUUUAUAGGUAUAAAAUUAAGGUGGGUGUUGUUCACGGUAGCACAAAAUGCAACUUUGUAUUAUGGGACAAAGAAAGUGAGCAGCUUUUAGACAUGUCUGCUGCAAACAUGCGCACCAUGAUGAUUGAGAAGGGAAAAAAUGAUCCUCUUGAAUUUCUGCUGGCACUUGGCAAAAUGUUGAGUUUAGAGAUUGCCUUCAAGGUUAAGUGGCAACCAAAUUGGAAUAAUUGUUCUGUUGUCAUGUUACUUCGAGACAAAGCUAUUAUUAAUCAAUUAAAAGCCCCCUGGCCAUCUGAAAUUUCACCCAUUUUGCAACCAAUUGACGCACCUGCAUUACAGAUUAAAGAGAGUUUCGAUGAGGCUACUGCUGUUGAUGACUGCAAUGUUAUUACAGUUCUGAUUCUUGUCCCACCCAAUAAACAUUUAUACUUUGUUAUAAGUCUUAUACAGGAUUCAUCAGAAAAAGAAUACGACAACUACAUCCAGAAGAUUGAAGAAGCCAAACAUCGUUCAUCAGAUGUUCUGAUCCAGAACACAUCAACUACCGAAGACAGCAUAUAA